UUGAGAGGUCAACUUACUCCAUCCCAUUACGUCAUUUGAGGUCAAACUGUUGUCACAGUAAUCAAAAAUUAGUCAGUUAAUAAUAUUAUCGAAGGGCAAGGGGUGUAGCCGCUCGUGUUUACGUUUUUGGUGAUAAACAAUGUGUCUUUAUUAGCUUUUUGUUCUAUCCGUGAAAGAUGUCUUGCGGAGGAGUUGAAGUAAGCAAUAGCUCCGGCACCAAGCAUGAUGGAUAUUUAAAGUACUACUGUGGCUUUGUCUUUAAAGGCUGGAGCAAACGCUACUUCUGCCUCUUCAAUGAUGGUCAGAUGGUCUAUAAGUCCACACAGUCCAGCAGUAAAGCAAAGAAAGAAUGGAAUGUGAAAUCACACUGUGAGAGUCUGAGGGUUGGACAGCAGUGUACACAGAUUGCUCCCAGGCCUGAGACUGGAGCUAAUAUUCUUCAUAUCUUCACAUUGACCAUCAAUAGGAAAAAUCACUUCUUCCAAGCCGACAGUGAAGAACAACUUAUAGGCUGGUUGAAAGCUCUGUAUGAAGUCAAAGGUGUACAACCUGGACCUCCACAGGGGCAGCAGGGUGCCCAGGGGGCAAUGCCUCAACCAGGAGGAGGGGCACCCAUGCCUCAGGGGCCACCUCCAGCAGGAUUCAUGCCUAGUGUAGCAGGUCAAGCCCCUCCGCCGUAUGCUCAAAAUGUACAGCAACCACCCCAGGAGUAUGCACCCCCACCUCAAGGAUUCGCACCAGCACCCCAGGGUUAUGCACCCCAACCCCAGGGUUAUGCACAACCUCGGCCUCAAUACCCCCAGCAGACAGGUUACGCCCAGGGUUACCCCGCCCAACAAAGAGUCAUACACAAUCAGCGCACUGUCUUUGUCAACCCGGCACCACCCAGUGAUAGCUUUGCAACGGGUGUCUUGACUGGUGCAAUGCUGGGUGGUUAUGGUUAUGGAUGGGGUGGAGGUGGGUUGGGCUAUGGUGUCGGGUUGGGCUACGGUGGUGGAUUGGGUUAUGGUGGUGGGUGGGGGCAUCAUCACCAUCAUGGCUUCCAUGAUCACCACCACCACCAUGAUCAUCAUUAUGGUGGGCAUGAUAUGCAUGGGGGCGGUAUGCAUGAUGGUCAUGGUGGUGACAUGGGCGGAGGUUACGGUGGUGACAUGGGCGGUGAUUAUGGAGGGGACAUGGGCGGGGGCGGAGAUUUUGGUGGGGACAUGGGCGGGGAUUUUGGUGGGGACAUGGGCGGAGACUUUGGUGGGGACAUGGGUGGGGAUUUUGGUGGGGAGUAG